CGCGGUGGGACAGUUUCCAUAGCGCUGCGACGACCUGCUGAGUGAGUUGAUUUUCCAACUUCUGACAACAAGGACGCUGGAGCACUUUUAUCCCUCUUUACGAGUUCUUUUGAAAUUAUUUCGUGUUUUCCUAGCUGUGUGUGUUCUUUUGUCAUGUUAAUUUUACUUCUUGAGGCACCUGCCCGACUGACAAACUAAUAAUGGGAUAUCAAGCGGUGGAAAUCUGCGUCUGUAUUUGAACAGGAGCGUACUGUUGAAAUUCUAUGGGAGCUGUCUCUCAACGGCUAAACUUAUUUGUAGGACUUCUUGCACAAUCCAAGUGUCGGACGAACGGCCAGGAGCAAAACAUGUGAUUAUAAAGCCUUUUUGACAAAAGAAAAAAAGGAAGGGACGUUUCACGUUGAGUAACUCUUUACCCUGAAUCAGAUGUGUCUGCAGGCUACGCGACAAAACCCCUCCUUGCUAAUGAACUGUUUCAGUCAAAGGCUGCGACGCACAUCUCCCCUGAGCGGCAGCAGUAGAAACGAGCUCGUCCCUUCCAAGCCUCCCAGGAUAAAUGGAUGGUCUUGGCCCCCUCAGGCUUUCCAAGUGGUUGCCUGGCUUUUUUACAGCUACCUCGCCAUAGUCAGCUUUGGCAUCUACAUCCCUCUCUUGCCUCCGCCAUGGAACCAUGUGGUUUACGCUCUGAUGGCCGUAGCAUUUAUUGUGCAUUUUAUUGCCCAUAUUGCUGCUGUGACUAUCGACCCUGCGGAUGCCAGUGUGAGGGCCAAACAGAGCUAUUCCAGUCCAUUGCCGGUUUUUGACCGGACGAAGCAACCGCAUGUUAUCCAGGACCUGCGCUGUUAUCUGUGUGAUGUCAGGGUUGGCCCAAAAGUUAAACACUGCAGUGUUUGCAACAAGUGUGUGGAAGACUUUGAUCACCAUUGCAAAUGGCUGAACACCUGCGUGGGUGGUAGAAACUACUGGUGCUUCUUCGUGGCACUGUGCUCUGCUACACUGGGGGCACUCCUGCUCGUUGUUGUCAUCUUGUUCAUAUUUAUUCAGCAUUAUCUGGAUCCAGACAACCUACGGACGGCUCCACAGUUCGACAGUAUGCUGAGGAAUAGCACGUGGCUGGUUUUUCUACCUUUGGCACCCAUAAAGACCAGUUCAGCUGGUCUACUCAUAUUAGCCUUCAUAACGGUCAUGCUGAGCUUCAUCUCUCUGUUGCUGCUCGGACAUCUGCUGGGCUUCCACCUCUACCUCUUUCAUAAAGGCAUAAGCACGUAUGAUUAUGUAAAGAUGAAGCGCCAGAAAGACGCCAGAAACCAAGACACCGAGGCAGCAAGUACACAUAACGGGAAAACUAAUAACAAUGCCACACAGAAUCCAGACAGCUCAGUUGACUGUGAGCCAGCAUUAUCGCAGAGUUCAAGUACCUGUAAAUUUGACAAAGGCUCGCUCUCAAGCCGACUUUCAGAGUCCAUCUGCACUGAGUUGGAGAACUUUAAGAAAUCAUCAGAAAAGGAGAAUAGUUUCCAUUAUGGCACAGAAAAUCCCACAGAGAACGCAGGAAGUGAAGUAUGUAUGAGCAACAUCAAAAGCUGGAAGCCAGAAGCUGAAGGGGCUCAGAGCGCCAGUGUGAAGUCGGUUAACAGUGUUCCUGUAGUGCAGGACCCUCUGGGCAGCUCAGUGAUGACUCCAGAUGAUACUUAGCAGUAACUGAUGCCUGUGUAAUGGUACACCAGGAAAUGCUGCUCUGAGGAACUAUUUUUAAUGAAAACUGAGCCACAGAACCACAGAUUGUUAAAGACAGAAGACGUCUCAGACUUCACACCACUUUGAUACACAAGAUGGAACUUUGAUGCAGUCUGAAUAACUUUGGACCUGUAAUUGUGUUUUUUUUUCGCUGUUUUUUAUCUACCCUGUGUUUUUAUGAUGACUGUUGAUUUACUUAAAACAUAGUUUUAUCUCACCAACCUGUACUGAGAGCCACCAUCCAGUCCCACUUCCAGGUAAGCCUGAGUCAGAUAUAUGGAUUUUGGCACAUUCCUGAAAAGCUGAAAACAAUGAUACUAGAAUUUACUGCUCUAAGCCAAAUGGAUAUUGAGCGCUGUACUGACAGUAUCAUUUUAGCAUCUUGUCAUUUUGCCUUGUUUGGCAAAAUACCUUCAUUAAGUGAAAGUACUGGAGCAGAUACAAGCUGGAAGAGGGGUCAGAACCUGAGCUUUUUAUUGCUGUUAUAUUUACUGUAAAUUUCACACAGCUGGCAUUGUCAGUCACUGUUUUGUCUUAAUUUGAUAUUAAAUAAAAGAAAUGUAAACUUUU